AUGUCGAACCACCCAUCUUCCCAGACCUCCGCGGCCACCUCCGUCUCUGAACUCUCGAAACCCCCGCUCCCCACCAUUGACGAUGAGAAAGAACAAGAAGAAGUCACUCUGAGUCGAAAGUCAUCCCUUCAACCAGGACCCAUCGAGAAGGAUGGCGAACUGGAGAGGGAACUCUCCCGGAUCAAUACCUCCGACUACCCCUCGACAUUCCCCUUGCUCAUGAUCGUCGUGGCUUUGAUGUGCAGUAUCUUCCUGGUCGCGUUGGACAUGACCAUUGUGGCGACGGCCAUUCCUCGAAUCACCGACCAAUUUCACUCACUGGACCAGGUGGGCUGGUAUGGCAGUGCUUUCUUCCUCACCAUUGGGUCCUUUCAAGCGACAUGGGGGAAACUGUACAAGUACUUCCCACUCAAGACCUCCUACUUGGCGAGUAUCUUCAUCUUUGAACUUGGUUCGUUGAUCUGUGCCGUGGCCAAUAACUCCACUACUCUCAUCGUGGGACGGGCGGUGGCCGGGAUGGGCGGUGCAGGUAUCGCAUCUGGCUCCUAUACCAUCAUUGCAUUUUCAGCACCACCAGCCAAAAGACCCGCUUUCACCGGCAUCAUGGGCGCCACUUUUGGUGUGGCCUCCGUCAUUGGCCCCCUUUUGGGAGGUGUCUUUACCGACAACCUCAGCUGGCGAUGGUGCUUCUACAUCAACCUCCCCAUCGGAGGGGUUGCUGGAGCUAUCAUCUUGUUUUUCUUCCGCACCCCCAAAGCUGCUCGCCCUCAACCGGCAACGUGGAAGGAGAAAUUCCUCCAGAUGGAUUUCCCGGGCACGUUCACCAUUAUGGCAUCUAUUGUCUGUUAUCUACUGGCUAUGCAAUGGGGAGGUGCCACCAAACCAUGGUCUGACGGCUCGGUCAUUGCGUGUCUCGUCCUAUUUGGUCUCUUGGUCAUCGCUUUCGUCGCCAUUGAAUAUUUCCAAGGGGACCGGGCCCUCCUUCAAGGACGACUUUUGAAGGAUCGAACCAUCGCUGCCAUGUCCGCUUAUAUCUUUAUGGUUGCUGGAGCGUUCUUCAUCCUCCUCUAUUACCUCCCCAUCUAUUUUCAAGCGACUCGCAAUGUCUCCGCCGCCAAAUCAGGAAUUAACAACCUCCCACUCGUCCUCGGUGCUUCCCUGUUCACUAUUGUGGCCGGUGGCCUUCUCACGGUGUGGGGCGAAUACGUUCCCAUCAUGGCUGUUGGCUCGAUCCUCGCCUCAGUCGGAGCGGGGCUCAUCUAUACACUCGAAAUUCAUAGUGGCUCCGACAAAUGGAUCGGCUAUCAAGCACUAGUCGGUAUCGGACUAGGUCUGAUCUUCCAGAUCCCUGUGAUCGUGGCCCAGGCGAUUGUGACACCCUCGGACCUCAGCUCUGUCUCGGCCGUGAUUCUUUUCUGGCAAACAAUCGGAGGCGCCGUUUUCAUCUCCGCCGCCCAAGCAGGUUUUGCCAAUAAGAUGCUAGAGGAACUGCCGAAACGGGCACCAAACGUGAACCCAGCCCUCGUCAUCGCCACAGGUGCCACCGACCUGCGUAAAGUCUUCAACGCCGAGCAAAUUCCUGGCAUCCUCUCCGCGUACAUGGAAGGUCUCCGCGUACCGUUCGCCAUCGCCAUUGCCUGCGCUUGCGUCACAUUCCUCAUAUCCUUCGCUCCACGCUGGGAGAGCAUCAAGGGCAAGGUCAAGCUGGAUGCCGGUGGCGCUUGA